AUGUUGUUCGGUUACCUCUUGUUCUUUCUGGCCGCCUUGGUAUCUGGCGCUCCAACCUCAUCAACUGGAGACCUCGUCAAUGCACUGAGUAUCGGUCCCAUCUCCAAUAUCACGGUGGACAUUAGUCUGAACUCCCUCAUCAACAACGUCGUCGAUGUGUCGUUUACCGUCGCCAACUUCAUUCCCGCCGAGCUCACCCUCGACCGCAUCGUCGUCUCCGCCGGCGUCAACAAUACCCAAUACGCCUCCUUCGACCACACUUUUUCCGAGCCCGUCGUCAUACCCUUCUUCGGCCACGCGGAUUCCGGCAUGAUAGAGAACGUUCCGCUCACCCAGGGCGCACUGGCGUCGCUUGAGAUAGUCCCGCUGGGAUAUCUGGAUUUGCUUAACACGUCAAUGGCAGCGACGGUUUCUGGUCAAAACGGUAUCCCGUGGAACCUUACGGGGCUCACGCAGGAUGAUGUCUCUACUACCUAUCAACUUACUUUCGCGAACUUGAAGGAAGACGAGUCAUGA